AUCCCAUGUCCAAAUGCUUAAUACUGAAAUUGUCGAGAUCAUGUUACUGUUAUGUUCAGGCCAUGUGACACAACAUUUCGGUGCUAUGGAGACGGGCGUUACAAAUAGGGGGACGCACUGAUCUCAUUCGCAGUGUCUCCCCGUCCAGACGAAGAAACAGUUCUCAGGCAAACAUUACCAGUUAUGUUUAAAUUUGGCAUGAUGGUGCUUCUUCUGGCCCUGAUGAUCCUUUGUGUGAUCAGGGAUGUCAAAGCUGCCAACUGUGUUGACGACACCGGUUGUGGCACCCACGGUACCUGUCCUGACACUUCCGCACCAUGUGUGUGUACAGACGGAUACUCAGGGGAUGACUGCACAACAGCACCUGUUUGCAUUGACGGUGGAAGUGAAUGUGGCUCCCACGGUAGCUGUGACACGAGCGGCGCUACCUAUUCCUGCACCUGCACUGGUGGAUACACCGGCGCCACAUGUACAACCGCUCCUGUCUGCACCGCUGCUGGAAGUGAAUGUGGCGCCCACGGUAGCUGUGACACUAGCGGCACGAUCUAUUCCUGCACCUGCACUGAUGGAUACACAGGCGACAUGUGUACAACCCAAUCAGGAGGAUACCGUGUCACUGUUCUUGCACAACUUCUGCUGAUUCCCAUAGUCCUUUCUCGCUAUAUGCAGUGAUAACUUUCCCUUAUGACAACAGAAUGAAGACAAUUCGCUCCGUUUGAUACAUUAUUAAUCACUUUCGAGUUCCUGCUCUACUUUCAAAGAGAAUGUUUAUUAAAACAACACCUUCGUGUGUAAUCAUAAUAAUAAUCGUUUGUGUGAAAAUAAUUUAGCUUUGAAAUACACACGCGUGGUAUAUGAAGGAUUGAAGUGUCCAAAUGACUACAGAACAAAUGCUUAUCGCUGCUUGAAAUUAUUACCAUUAGUCACAAUUCCAUUCAUAUUUUUUAAAGCUCCAAGAUUAUGUUCAUUGUAACACUAUCGUUUUUCGACAGAUAUCAUAUUUUAUUAGCUCAAAGACACUUGCACGCUUCAAUCCUCGUGUUCUUUACCUAGAUGACAUGUUGAGCUCCUGACUGAUGUCAGUUGUUCCGUCGAAAUAAACGGUUCAGUUCACGGCAA